AUGACUGGGCGAGGCGGGGCGCGUAAGAGGCAGGUCAAUCCCGAACUACUCAGUGAUGAAGAAUAUGUGCUGAAGAGGCAAAGGAAUAACGAUGCUGUCAACAGGCACACUUUUGAGACUCGUCAAAAGAAACGUCAAGAAGAAACGGAUACUUCGCUUCGGGUGGAAGAAUUGCGCAAUGAAAAUAUGCAGUUGGAACGGAAGGUCGAAGGUCUACAAAAAGAAUUGGAUUUUUUGAAAGAAAUGUUUGUUGCAUAUGCAGCCAACAAUCGUAAAAAAUGGAAUGGAUCAGAUGAGCCGUCCGAAGGACCUUCCAGUUCCAAAGCAGCACCGUCUAAUUAG